GGAAAAAAUAGAGCACAGAAGCCUAAAAUCUGCCACAUGUUUAUGCAUCAAGGGAGUAGCCUAGUUGUUCUUUGGGGAUAAAGGAAACUUGUGCUGUCCUGAAUGGAGUGUUUUGGAGUAUCAUCCGCUCACAACCUUCAGGCUCUGUCUGCUUUGUUAUCACCUCAGCAGGAUGAUGAUGAUGAAGACUGUACAAAUGUGGCUGCUUGUGCACAGCUGGGUCCUGGACAUAUCGGGCCCCCACCCACAAAAGAUAUAGAAGUGUCAUCUGCCUACGUGAAGAAGAACAGCAAAGACAUCUGGAGCGAGGAGGAGGUGGCUGAGGCUUCCCAGUACGACGAUCUUGCUGACCUGCGGCCACGACCAGAGUAUGAAAUCAUCCUGAAGCAGAGUGUGGGGACAGAGGAUCUGUUCUUGGGCUUAAACAGAAAAGACCCGUCUUCCAUGUGCUGUGAAGCCAUGCUGGUGAAAAUCAAACUACCAGAAACGAAAGCAACAGAUGUGGUCCUGGAUGUAAAAGAAAAGUUCCUUGAUCUGCGGACACCAAAAUACAAACUGGGUCUUCAUCUCCCACAUCCGACCCACAGCCACGGGGGGAAAGCUCAGUUCUUCAGCGAGAGGGGGGAACUGGAGGUGACUCUGCUAAUGAAGCGGCCCUUAGAUUUUAUCAACAUGCACUGAGGAAGAAUGAUAAGAGACAAGUAUUCAAAAGACACAGAGCAGAUCUAAAACCAGCAUACAGUAGAGAAGAUGCGUUAAAGAAAGAGAUGGUUAGAAAAAUGUUCUGUGAAUGCUGAUUUUAUGGUAUUUUUUACGUCUGUCCCCUCUA